AUGUCUGCAGAGCUGCUCCGGGCACAACCAGCACACCCCAAUGGCGGCGGCUCUGGAAGCCCAGCGUGCCCUGCCCCAGCACCUUGGAUCACCUCCAACCUCUACCUCAGUGACGUAGGGGCCACCAACAGCCACCUCCUGCUCCUCACCCACCACAUCAGCACCAUCAUCAACGUCUUCCUGGAGGUGGUGAACCCUCUGUCCCGACAUCGAGUACCUGCACAUCCCUGUCCCCACCCUCUACUUGUCCCCUCUCCUGAACCACCGCUCCGUGUCCCUGGCGGGCGCCCACACCUGGGUCGAGUCCUGCCGUCCCAUCGUACAACCCAACAAUGGCUUCUGGCAGCAGCCCAUCCACUACAAACACAAGCUCUGCGGCGUCAACAGGCUCCGGACGAUCGGCGCUCCGUCAGGGAUGAGCCCCGAUGUUUAUGAAAAUGAAGUAAGAGCGAUGCUGCUGCUCUGAGUACAAACGAGCUGU